AGUAAUGUAAUGUGGUAGAGUUAUGUUAAAAGAGCGAUCCAUGUCUCGACCAUUUAGUGCAAAAGACAAUGACUUUCAGAGAUCUCACGAACGCUCUCAAGGCUCUGCGUUCAUCGAGAACGGCAUUUGGCGCUUUCAUUAUCCUCGGCAUGGUAAUGGUCGCUAAAAGGAGAGAAAAGCAGGAUUGCACUAGUGACUCGACGAUGGCACUUGAUGAUGAAAACGCCCCGGGGUUGUCGAAAAUUGAGGCGCUUCUCAAAGGACCCCUGAACUACGACGACCCACAUCUCCUGGAAAUCAUAAGGAAGAAGUAUCUGAUUCCUCCUUCGGCCAAAUCCUACGAUCUGAUGAUAGAUCGAAAAGACUACAAAGCGGGUGUUUACAACUCUUACUUCGAACUGGAGCCAUCUUUUGUCACUUUGCGGGACAUACUUUACAAGAUAUUAAAGAACGUAAGGGACGGAUUCUUCGUAGAGGCAGGAGCUGUGGAUGGAGAAUUCCUGUCAAAUUCUCUGAUGAUAGAACGCCGUCUGAAGUGGAAAGGUCUUUUAGUGGAGGCUGAUGGUGACAUGUUCAAAAAACUGCUGAGCCGAAAUCGAAAAGCGUGGGCGAGUCACUCCUGCCUAGCUCUGCACUCCUACCCUCACAGGGAAGUCUUCAUCAAAUACAGCGCCAAAGGAGACCUCAUUCCAGGGGCGUCUAUGUUUUCGAGAGGCCACGGGGUCCUUGCCCCAGUGGAGCACCUGUCUCCAAUGAGGAAGGUUGGUGCAAAUCCUGAGAAUUCAGAUCCACUCUACGAUUUUGUACAGUGCCUUCCAUUAGCUUCCCUUCUGUUGGCCCUGAAUGUUACUCAUGUCCACUUCAUUUCUCUUGACGUUGAGGGGGCAGAGCCGGCCAUCUUGGAUUCAUUGCCCUGGGAUGUCAUCACUGUUGAUGUUUGGUUGGUGGAACACAUCAGCGAACGAGAACAUCCGGAGAACUAUCAAUACCUUCCGAAGGAUAUACAGAGGAGUGUAGCUUUUACUGACAACCUCGUUGAAGCUUUCAUGUCUAGAGGGUACACCUUGUACCCAGUCAGUAAAGAGCGUCUAAAAGAUAACUACAUCUUCAUCAGAAAGAACUCUGAAAUUUACGAGAACCUAAAUAUAUUAUAGCUGUUUCUUGCAGGUCUAAAAUUCAUAAGACAACAGGAACUAGUUUUAUAGAUGUAUUUCUUCUAAGAUAAACUCGACAGUAAUCAACGCACAACAUAACUUGCAAAGAGUUCUUACCACAUUCUAUGUCAUCUAUUUUCUUUAGUGUAAUUCCCUUGAAUUGUGAAGAGAAAUUAUAUAAAAUUGCAAAUAU